GGGAAACUGAUGUGGAGAGAGUUAAGCUGUGGAGGUGGAAACACGUCUUGCUGCAAAGGAACACCUUCGCCCCAGUGCUGUCCUGCAGAGAGAGCUGGGGAGCAGCUGGACCCAUCACAUCUGCCUGGGGUGUGGGUCACCAUUAGCAACAUGAGGCAUCAGAUGGACUUGCUAGCCACCGUCACAGUUUUGGGAGUCCUGGAGCAAGGUCCUUUGGGCAAAGGCCUCUCCACCCUGGGCUUCAGGAGGGUCAUGGAAGAGGACAUUCCUUCUGCUUGGGGUGGGGACAGAGCCCCCUUUUUACUAAAAUCUUCCCAUUUCAACAAGGCAAGCCUAUUUCAUGCUGCAGGUGAUCCAUACCCAGCAGCAGCACAGGAUCUCCCCUCCCAGGACAACAGGUCACCCUGAAUUUGAGCAGAUCUUCAGAGCUCAGGUGAAUUGCUCAGAGUACUUCCCAGUCUUCACCUCGCUCCUCUGGGUUGCUGGAAUCUUCUUCCAUCAAGGUAAUAGGGAUGAAUCACAACAUGCACAAAAGCAAAAAGCGCAGUUAAAAUCCCAUUGUGACUCAGGCGUGUCCUCUCUGCACCCACGAGAUCGUUGCUUGGGGAAUGCAGUCCCCUUUGCUCAGACAGCCAAGGGGUGCCCAACCCCAAUGUGCAUAAAGCUGCCGGUAGCAACUGAGAAAUCCCUCUGGGGAUGCUCUGCCGCAUCAGGACUUGGUGCCAUCUCCCCCCAGCUGUGGCUGCAGCGUGCAGGCUGCUCUACCUCUACACCCACCUCAGGUACUUCCAGGGAUAUGCUGCGGCUGCGCAGGGAUGCUGAGUACGCAGCUGGGGCUGUGGGAGCCCCAAACCCACCCAGGGAGCUGGGUGUGGGAUGCAGCCCUGGGGCAGGUUUCCUUACCACAGGUGGGACCAAAGGCAGGUUUUACACCCUUCUCCUCCUCUCCUGUCUCUAUGUGCUUGUGGCCUCUUCCCUGGCUCAGGAGGGUGCAGUAUGCUUCAUGCCCUGGGUCUGUUGGGGGUGUCUGAUGGUGUUUUCUCCCUGUGCAGUUUGGGCCCAUUGUAUGUCAGUGCCUGGGUGCUGUGGCUGCUGCUGGGGCUGGUGGUGGCCGGGCUCCUGGUACCCUUCCUGCUUCCCUGCUGCUCCCCAUGGAUGGCAGUGCUGGUGCAGCCCCUCCAGCACCUCAGUGUCUGGUGAGAGGGGCCAUGGCUCUCCCAAACCCUCCUCAGUUCUUACCUUUGAAGGGAGGUGGAUGCUGGCACUGCUCUGCUUGUGGAGCUCCACUCUUCAGAGAGAACAGCCCUUCUAGAAAGCAAAGGAUGUCCAGCUUCUGCUCCUGAUGAUGAGCUUCACUGCCGGGUUUUGUAGCACUGUGCUGUCGAACCUCUAAUACCUUUGGCUCUGCCCCACAGAGCACGGAUUAACCUGUAACUUCACUCACCAUUGUCACUCCUCCUUACUGCUCUACUGAUGGAUGUUGAAGGAUCACAUCAUGAAUACGCAGAAAAAUAAGUCCCUUUCCUCAGUAGAAAUCCCCUGUGAUUUCCAAAGGCGGCUGGGGACUGAGCAGUGCUUUGGGAGUAUCGGCUAUUGAUGAG